AUGGUGGAAAAAAGCUUACUAAAUAUAAAAAAGGGAGAUAUUGCUGGAACUCUGCAUAAAUUGGAGAUUGACAGAAUACGGUUUGUGUUAAGUAGCUACUUACGGACACGGCUUCAUAAGAUUGAAAAACAUGUCAUUCAUAUACUGGAGCAGGAGGCAGCAAGAGAUACACAAGAAUGCUCUAAACUCUCUCCUGAGGAACUGCAGUAUGCAAAAGAGUACACAGACAACAUGGAAGGACUUUUCAAGUCAUUAUGCUUGCAGCACAUGCCACCAAAUAUGCAGAGCAUAGACCGCAAGAAAUCUGUUCCUAGACCUAACCUUGACAGCUAUGUCUUCCUUAAGAUACUAGAAGACCAGGAACAAGUAUUAGUUGAUCCUGAGGAGGAUCCUGUGGACUUGGAAAAGGGUGCCCAACAUAUCAUGAGAUAUAGUGCUAUAGCACCUCUACUGACUAACGACAGUGUAGCACUUUUAUAACCCACAAUACAUCGUACAUGUACCACAAUAUUGGCCACUUUGAUUGGAAACAGCAUGGUAUGGUAGUAUGUUAGCAUGUAGCUCUUGAUAUUAGCCAAUCAAAUUUCUCAUUGUCUCCAGUUCAAGGAUCUUUUAGAAUAGCUACUUACACUUCAAUAAGAGCUGCAAUAAUAUUAUGUGAUUUAAUUAUAUAGCCACAUAUUAAUCCCAAAUAGGUAAAAGCUGGAUUUUUCGUUAAUUUUGGAAUCCUGUCCAAUUAAGAAAUUAA